GGACAAGAGAACUAUGUAAAGGGAAACAUGGUGGAAGAGACUACGCAUCUCGAGUAUCCAUUAUUCGGGUUAACCUGAUUUCAUUAGGAAUCCAGUUUGUUGACAGCUGUCAGAAGACUCUUAACAAUUUUAACACUCUUGAAGGAUGACAAUGGGCGAUGAAACUCCAGUUACAUCACUUGUUCUCCCUGUAAUAUUACGACCCAUAUUGGCAAAGUUGGAAAGACAGAAUGUUGUUGCAGCCCAAACUCUUCGGACAGCUUUGUCAAAAGCUGAAAGUACUCAUCCCGGUAUUACAUAUGAUUUAGUUUUAGGCAUAGUACGCCGUGCUGAUCUCAAUUUAGAUAUGAAUGAGAGCGUAUUGCGUUUGCAAGGCACAGCAUCCGAUUUUGAUGUGGUGGAAUAUCGAUCAGCAAGGUCAGAGGAUGCUUUUCAGGAACUUAACAGAAAAUCUGCGUCACUCAAGAGGAUACUUAGUAGAAUUCCUGAUGAGAUAACAGAUCGUAAAACCUUCCUUGAGACUAUUAAGGAAAUUGCCAGUGCUAUUAAAAAGCUUUUAGAUGCUGUUAACGAAGUGACAGGAUUCAUUCCAGGAUCUGCAGGGAAACAGGCCCUUGACCAGCGUAAAAGAGAGUUUGUUAAAUACAGUAAAAGAUUUAGUAAUACAUUAAAGGAGUUUUUCAAAGAAGGACAAGCAAAUGCAGUAUUCGUGAGCGCAUUAUACUUGAUACAUCAGACAAAUAUGAUAAUGGUGACUGUAAAGGAUAAAUGCGAGUAAUUAAGAAUGUAAGUCUAUAUAAUAUAAGAAAGAACAAGGGAUAUAAAUGGUCGAUAAAUUACUAUGUGGAAAAUACAUGUUUCAAUGGGUUUCUUUCGAUAUGAUGGCUGUUAAGCCAAAGCACCCUUUUUCUUGUUUACGAUCGUAUAACAUUAGGUCGCGUAUAACAGUAUUAUAUCAAAUUAAAUAACAAUACCAUAAAACUAAGAAACACUAUUAUUUUGCGCUGUAAGUAAAAGAAAUAAAAAUUACUUAAUUGACAAUUGUACACAA